AUGAACGAUGAUCCCACACCAGCGAGCUCUGCGGCCCGCUUGCCAACCCUCGACGAAAAUGACAGCGACGCCAGAUCCCAGGAUGACGGCGACAUUCCGGCGCCAUCUACACAGCAGUCCCAGCGGCGGCGACCGUCUCGCACCGGCCGGCGGCGCUCGUCUUCCCGGGUACGCCGGGCAAAAGCCGGCAUCGCGAAGAAGCUGGAAUUCAUGACCCACCUCAUGAGCAGCUUGGACGUCCUGGUCUUCGCCGAGCUGUGUGUCCUGUACUACAUGGAGUAUGGCAACCCCCAGCAUCACCCUCGCCGACCCCCCCCCUUCUCUGACGUUUGCUAA